CCUCUCCUUACCUGCCAGCAUUCAUCACUUGAGUCUUCAGCCAUCUGGUUUGUCUCAGCUUGCUUCCUUGACCAAGAAGUCCCAGAAGCCCUCUCUGGCCGACUCUGAUCCACCUCAGCUCUUUUUUUAUCCUAUAGAACCCCGAACUGGCCACAGCAUCCUUCCUCCAAUCCCUCGGCUGUUCCAAUACAACCUGCAGUAUAUGGUGCUGGUCCCCUCCCUGCUCCACACCAAGACUCCUGAGAAGGGUUGCGUCCUUCUGAGCUACCUGAAUGAGACAGUGACUGUAAGUGCUUCCUUGGAGUCCCUCAGGGCAAACCAGAGCCUCUUCACUGACCUGGUGGUGCAGAAGGAUUUAUUCCACUGCGUCUCCUUCACUCUCCCAAGGAGCUCAUCCUUGUCAGAGAUGGCAUUUCUCAGUGUCCAGAUAAAGGGACCAACACAAGACUUCAGGAAGAGGAACACAAUGCUGGUAAAGAAUGCUCAAAGUCUGGUCUUUGUCCAGACAGACAAACCCAUCUAUAAACCAGGACAGACAGUAAAAUUCCGUAUUGUCUCUGUGGAUGAAAACUUUCACCCCUUAAAUGAACUGAUUCCACUGGUAUACCUUGAGGACCCAAAAGGAAACCGUGUUGGACAAUGGCAAGGUGUCAAGUUGGAGAGUGGCCUCCAACAGCUGGCCUUUCCCCUCUCGUCCGAGCCCAUUCAGGGCUCUUACAAGGUGGUGGCACAGAAGGAAUCAGGCAAAAGGAUAGAGCACUCCUUCACUGUAGAGGAAUUUGUGCUUCCCAAGUUUGAGGUCAAAGUUCAGGUGCCAAAGAUAAUCAGUAUCCUGGAUGAAAAAGUGAACAUAACAGUAUGUGGGAU